GGGAGGCUUAGUAGAAGACGAGGGCAUUGGAGAGGCUGGCAAGUCGAAAGUCUGAUUCUUCCUUUCCAUCCAUCCAUCGGUGAAACAUCCGAAAGCUUUUACAGCCUUUUGGGUCCAUCGUAACUUUUCCGUCCAUCAGAUAAUAAAGAUGGUUUUCAGCAGGUUCGUUGAGGUUGGCCGCGUGGUCCUCAUCACCUACGGCCCGGACGCCGGCAAGCUUGCCGUUGUUGUUGACAUUAUUGACCACUCCCGCGUCAUUGUUGACGGUCCUACGACCGGUGUUGCUCGUCAAGCAAUCUCUUUCAAGCGUGCCACCCUCACCGACCUGACGAUCAGCAUUCCCCGCACCAUUGGUACUCCCGCUCUCAAGGCUCAAAUUGAAAAGCAGGACCUCCUCGGUCGGUGGAGCAAAACUGCAUGGGCCCAGAAGAUUGCCAAGCGUGAGGCCCGUGCCAAGCUCACAGACCUCGACCGGUUCAAACUCAUGGUUGCCCGCAAGCAGCGCCGUGCUAUUGUUGGAAAGGCUCUUGGAAAGAUCAGGAAGUCGAAAUAAACUCCUUGUAUAUUUGCUGAGGGCGUAAUAUGAAACGUGGACACCCAAAACAGAUAGUUCUGCAUCACAGUGCCCCCAUAUCUUAAUGCCUGUUGGCUGUGUGGAUGAAGAUUCAGUGCAUUUUCCGUGGGAAGAAAGUUACCCUUAGGCACUUCGAUGUGCGAUUCGUACAAUUUAAUUCACACGAGUGAAGCUGAUAUAUGAUACAAGGCAAACAAUGUACAUUCCCGACAUUCUCAUGUCAAGCAGCUACAGCAA